AUGCGCCGACACGGGCUUGACUACAUCGUUCUCAAUGUGUUCUUCUACGUUGUGCUGGAGUUCCUUUCUUGUGGCGAAAAAUUUUCAGGCGGUGGUGAGUUUGAGUGGGUAGGGCUGGUGGUUGUGUCCUUGAAGCAGAGAUCGCUGGAGGUUUCGGAGCGCUGCGCAGCGUGGCUGAUCAAAUGGCUGGACACGACAGUGAGCAGUGGGCAUGCGCGAGUGGCAGACUUGAGGGCGGUCUUGGGGCGGCUAUCCUUUGCUCUCACGGCGCUGGGGCAUCUGCGACCAUUCUUGCGGCCAUUGUACGCUCGGAUAGCUGUGCUUCCUAACGCUGGGAGAACACAAUGUUCGGUGGGCACCAACAACCUGGGCAGCACACAUGUCGUGGCGCGCUUGCUGAGCACCAGUUUCCUGCUCUGCGCUUUUCUGAUGGAGCUUGCGACGCAGCUGCAGCGCUCGGGUACAGAGUUGCGCUUACACUGGUUGCUGCAGAACCGGGAGGCGGAUGCCCUCACGAAUGGGAACUAUGCAGGUUUCACAGAAAGUCGGCGGAGGCAUUUCGACCUGCAAGAGUUCAAAGGCAUUGUUCUGCAAGAGCUGUUGGGCGUAGGUCUGACUGUAUAUGCAGCAGGCUGCUUGCGGCAGAAAGAUCCUUGGCAGUAA